CAUCCUAGACAGCCAUCGGCUCCUCCCCUCCCUCGUCUCGUUCCCUACCGAGCCUCCCAGUGGCGACCAGAGUCCCACCCUCUUGCCGGUCGACCGCACCGCCAUCUCCGGACCCAUUGGAUUCCCCACGGACGGCGGGGAUCUUCUCCUCCUUCCCCUGAAGGUGAGCUAGGUCUUGCGCGCUCUCCGAUCUCUGGUCCUCCCCCCAAUGUACAGUGGCUACACCACCACGGCCUUCUCCCUGAGGGCAAAAUCGUCCUUUUCCUACGCCCCUCUGCCCUACUUCACCGAGAGAGCCGACCACUGCCGUGGGGACUGCUCGCCUUGCGCCCAAUCCUCCCUCCAUGGCUUUUCCAUAAACCCUAGAUUUCUUCUCUAUGGCUACUGCUCGAGGCAAUCCUCAUUGAUCUACUGGUCGCCUUCUAGAUCCUUCUUUGCCGGCCGGGCGGCCACCAGGUGCCGGCGAUCGGCCCUACGGGAGCUCGGUCUCGGCCCACAGUGCCGCCGUACCUCUUUUUGGUCCCGGACCUCCGAUGGGAGCUUCUGGGAGAUGAUCGGCCUCCUGGCCGAGGUCAGGAGCUGCUGCCAGGAGAGCUACAGCACUGAGGAGUCGAGAAAUGAAGCCGGUUGUGAUAAAGUUGGCAGCUUGCGGAAGAAUUUGAAGAGAGAGGUAGAAAUCGAGUCGGUUGAUGGGGAGGGGGAGAGCCGGCGGUCUUCCACGGCAAGGAAGGAUGGGUCGAGCUCGGUUUAUUACUCGGAGUCGUCGUUGGAUUGGUACAGCGGUUCCAAGAGGAAGGAAGGUAAGGGGAGAAGGGUUGAUGGCGAAUCUUCGAGGAAUCAUGGUAGUGGUACAGUGGACGUCAGUGAAAGGGAGGUUCGGCAAGCUCGGAAGUACGAUGAUGAUGAUGCUGGGUCGAAGAAGAGGUAUGUGUCGGUGUGUGAUGCUGGUGGGGAUUCCGGUAGAAAGUCGGAGUUUCAGGAAAAAGAUAGCAACUUGAGGGCCUCGAGUUCAAGUAAGUUCUCUGAAUGGGAAAUUAGGGAUAGAGAGAAGAAAGAUGCCUCCUUGAGGAACUUACGGCAUGAAGUGAGGGAAGAACAUGGUUAUGAAGAUCAAAAGGUUGCUCGGCAAGAAGGUUCUUGGAGAUUUACAAGAAUGUCUGGGGUAGGUGAAGAUAAUGCAAGGACAGGUUUGACUUCUAAGAACAUGGCUGGUGCAAGGAAGGCUGAUAGGGAAGAGGGUUCAAGUUCAGCUGGAAAGUGGCAAGGCAAAGUAGACAAGAGAGUUGUUGGGCGAGCAGGAUGGAAAGUAGAGGACAGAGAGGAGAGUGGUGCUUUGUGGAUGGAUUCAGCUCAUGAAGUAAGAGAAGAAUGUGAUUCCAAAGAGGAGAAGGUUUAUGGGGAAAGGGAGUUGAGGGAAAGAUCUCAGAAGAUUGCUAGAACGAGAACAUCUGAGGUACAUGGGGAUGAUUCAAAGAGGUUUUCCAGUUUUCAGAGCAUGGUUGAUGCAAGAAAGGUAGAUAGGGAAGAGGGUUUGGCUGCGAGGCGGCGUAGCAAAACAGACCAGCAGAUAGCUGGGCAAGCUGAAUGGAGAUUUGGGAACAGAGAAGAGAAAGGUGCUUCAUUAAUUGAUUUGGCUCAUGAAGCAAGAGAGGAAUAUAUUUAUGAAGAUGAACGAGUUGUCAGGCAAAGGGAGUCAAGGGAAGGAUCUCGGAAGGUUACUGUAACAUCUGAUGUGUACGAGGAUGAUACAAGGAGGUCUUCCAGUUCCAAGAACAUGAUUGAUGCAAGGAAGGUUGGUCAGGAAGUUAGUUUGAUUUCAAAUAAGCAUGCUGAGCUUGAUCGAGGAGUGGUUGGGCACGCUGAGUUAAGUUCUCAAAAGCUCAGGGAAAUAACACAGGUCCAUGACAGCAGGACUGAGGGUGCUGCCAACUCUCGGAGGCAUUAUGAACAAAUGAGGGUAAGGGAUAGGGAGGACAGAUCUGCUUCAGCUCAGAGUUCGGUUCACAUGUCAAGAGAUAAGAGAACCCAAAUGGGUCAACUGGUACUUGGCAGAAUGGAAUCAAAAAGGCAUAAUGAAAGUCGCACUGAUGUUUCUAGGGUCUCUGCAGGUGAUGUCGAAAGGGCCAGCAGUUCACAAAGACUUCUUGAGACUAGAAGGGAUGAUCGAGAAGACUAUUUGGCUUCAGGUUUGAAUCUAGUUGGUGAAGCUAGGAACCAACGGAAUCUAAUCAAUGAACAAUUCACCCAGCAAUCCAGUUCAAGAAGAACGAAUGAAAGGAAUACCCAGAAUUUUGAAGUUUCGAGGUGGGACACUGAAAGGGUUUAUAACACACAAGAAAUAAAUAAUACGAGGAUAGAGGGUGAAAGUAUCAACCGUCAAUGCAGUUCCAGACAAGAAUCCGAAAAGGAAACAAAUAUAUCUGCGUACUCAAGAAAUGACAAUGAAACAGCUUCCAGUUCACAGGAGAUGUCUCGUAUGAGUAUAGAAAACCGUAGAGGAAAUUCUUCAUCAACACUGGUCUGGGAUAAGAUGGGGAAACAAAGAAGCACACUGACAGGGGACAGUUCACAGCCAACAAAAGGGCAAAUGGGUUUUACUGGAAGUUUUGAUAGUGGCACUAGAGGUGAUCAGACAAGUAGAGGUGAGAUGUACAUAAUCAAAGAUGGCUCGCUAGAGUCUGCUAGCCGAUCAGACAAGUCUUCUGCAUUGUACAUUGGAGAGUUUGUCGACAAGGUACAGCAGGAAAUUACAACUUUAGAUGGAUUAGACUAUGCUUCCAAAUAUUCUCCUGGAAUUCAAAUAGAAGAAGUACAUGGUGGAACGAGAAAUGCAACUGCUGGCACGCACUCAAGACUUCCUGCUGCUGCAUCAGAAGACAAAGAUGAGAAAUAUGUAGAAGAAGCUUCCAGGAGAUCUACAUCAAGGUCAGGGAUGAAAGGGCCAUCUGAUGAAAUUUGGGAUGUCCGGGCCUCGACUUCUCAGGAAACUUCUAGGACAGAAGAACCUGAGGAGGACCCAGCAGCUGCAGAAGCUGUGGAUUCCACCACUGCCACUGCAGGAACUGAAAAUGUUGUUGGUCGAAGAGCCCACAGGUCUUUGUGGUCUUAUGUUGCAGAUAUAAUUCGACUGAGCUGGGGUCUGCAUGCUGAGUCUCGGAAUCCAGCUCCAAAAUCAGGUACAAGAAGUUCGUCAAAUGAGUCUGUAAGCAGUGAGGCUUGGUUUUCUGGCCAGGAGCCAGAUGACAAUGAUGAGAUCGAUGUGAAAGGAAGAAGUGGAACACCUAAAGAAUCAUUACUGAUCAAAAGACCUGUUGAUGAAUCCUAUGGCAGGAUGCAUGCUGGUCCAAGUCAAGGAAGCUCUGAAGUACCUAAAUUGGGAGACAGAGUAGUGAAGUCAGAUGCUGGUGCAUCAACCUCAAUGGGCAUGACGAAAACAAGUUCGCUGGCCAAAGGUUCUUCCACCGUUUCCAGACCACAAGAAGUAGGAUGGACUGAGGGUGAAAAAGGCGGAGAAGGUAUUCCUUCUAACGUAAUAAUGGUUGACCAGUCAUCAGCACUGACAGAUGAUACAGCUGCAGCCAUCAUAGAAGAAGAUAGAACUAAUAUCGGAAAUGUUCAGUUGCCUGUGAGUAAAUACACUAGGUUGGAAGAAAAUCUUGUUGGAGAGGGAUCACCUGAAGUUGGUAAACCUGAUGGAAAAGAUGGGGAACUGAAGAGGAGGAAACUGCAAAGGAAUAAGCAAGUCUUAAAAGAAAGAUUUGAUGAUUGGGAAGAAGCAUAUAGACUUGAAAGUGAACAGAGAAAAACUGAUGAGUUUUUUAUGAGGGAAGCUCUGGUGGAAGCUCGGAAAGCUGCAGAUACAUGGGAGGUGCCAGUUGGGGCGGUGCUGGUACAGAAUGGGAAAAUCAUUGCUCGUGCCUGGAACCUAGUGGAGGAGCUGAGAGAUUCAACUGCACAUGCUGAAAUGAUUUGCAUACGUGAAGCUUCUAAUCUUCUUCGGAGUUGGCGCCUUGCAGAAACAACACUUUAUGUGACACUUGAACCAUGCGCCAUGUGUGCUGGAGCAAUCCUUCAAGCUAGGAUUGAUACUGUGGUAUGGGGAGCGCCGAACAAGCUACUAGGAGCUGAUGGCAGCUGGGUCAGGCUUUUUCCUGGGGACGGAGGAAGCAGCAGCCUGGAUUCAUCAAAUCAAACAGUUGGACCUGUCCACCCAUUCCACCCAAAGAUAACAAUAAGGCGUGGUGUUCUGGCAACGGAGUGUUCUGAAGUGAUGCAACAAUUCUUUCAGCUGAGGAGGAAGAAGAAUAAAAAUCCAGAGCCAUCACCGCCAUCAUGCCUGCCAGUAUCUACUCACCGGACAAAAUUCUUCACAAAGAUACAUGACCUGUUCUCUAUAAUGUUUUGCUUGUAGCAUUUGAAGUGGACUUACGAUUAUGAUUACUGUAAUGUCUUUUUGACAAAGUAAGUCAAAUUCCUCUGUUUUUUGUAUCAGAACAUAUGCCUAAGUGAUUUUGUUAGCGCGUAUGUUUUCUGGGAAUGUGGAGGUCAUAAUAUGCACUUAAUGUGUUAAUUAAUUACAGGUAGGCCAUAAACUUCUCUUUUUAAA